CGUCAGCAGAAUAAAGUCAUUCAGAAUAACUGAAGGUGUACAGGAUAAAAGGGCCGGUUUUCUCAUCACCUAAGAUGGCACCCAGGAGGGACCACGAAAAUGCAAAAAUGCCGUAUUUCUGCAAGUACUCACACUGGAGUUAACCACCUGAGGGACACAUGAGGUGGUUUUGUGAAUAUAUUGUCCAAUAUCUGGUGAUUUAAUAGGCGAUACAUUCGAAAAGCAUUUAAGGCCUACACAAUCACAGCCUAUAUUCACUUGGCUGUAAUAAUGAUGUCAUAAAAUAUGAGUUCGUUUACAAAAAUAUAGUAAUGUGUUUCAUGUCAACGACAACGUGAACUGUGUUAAAAAAUGGACCUUUAAUUACGCAUUCUUAACUCACCUACGCCUCACUGAAUAACAGGUGCCUGCUAUCUGUCAAAGCAGGAUCAGCCAACCUGUGCGCCCUUUGCUACAACUUGUUACUUUCCAUUGGCCUACACGAGUCGUCGCUCAAGGGAUCAUAUCAUUCACCGGGAACUGAAUUUACCCCCUCCUCAAAAUGGAGUUUGCCAUGAUAGGUUCAGAUAAUGGGUGCAAAACUCGACUGCCUUAUGGGUAUGCUCGCGCACGGGAAAGGGAGCACGAAAGGGAGAGACAGGUACAGCAGGCAACAGCCGCUGCUGAAGGUGCAGCAACUGGAGAGGGAGGGGAGUCCUCUGGCCACCUCCUUAACAACCACCAGCAGCAUCAGUCUCGCACCGCCUCCUCAUCAAAUGCCAACAACAGUAGCGGCAGUACCGCCUCGCGCCCCUCCUCCUCGCAACAGCCACAGCAGCACCACCAUGAGUCUGAGCAGCAGGUUCUCAGAGAAAGGAAAAAGCAACGCGGCGUAGGACGUUGGAGAAGGAGUCGCCAGACUCUCGGUGGGGACUUGCGCCACUCGGAGUUGGCGCUACUUGGAUCMGAGGAGGAUAUGAUAGAGGAGGACGAGGCGGAAGGMGGAGAAGAGGAGGACRGGGGAAGCAAGAGUUCCAGUUUUCUCUGUAAUAUGGAUGAUGAAGAKACUGUCUCACUCACAGAYAGACRUCCCCAAUCAGSAUACGMAAAUGUUUACAGYGAGUAUGKGUGCUGCGAAAGAGUUGUUAUUAAUGUGUCCGGACUAAAGUUUGAAACUCWACUUAAGACUCUCACACAGUUUCCUGACACUCUUUUGGGAGACCCGGACAAACGAAUCAGGUACUUCGACCCUCUAAGRAACGAAUAUUUUUUUGACAGGAACCGACCAAGCUUCGAYGCMAUUCUUUAUUAUUACCAGUCRGGGGGGCGAUUGAAGAGACCSCAAAAUGUACCKUUUGACAUCUUCUCUGAGGAGGUGAAAUUCUAUGAACUYGGRGAGGAGGCAAURCUGAAGUUUCGGGAGGAUGAGGGUUUUGUCAAAGAGGAAGAGAAACCCUUACCAGAGGACGAGUUCAAACGCCAAGUUUGGCUUCUUUUUGAAUACCCAGAGAGCUCACAACCUGCGAGRGGGAUUGCAGUCGUGUCSGUUUUAGUCAUCGUWAUAUCAAUAGUCAUUUUCUGUAUGGAAACGUUGCCAGAGUUCAGGGACGAAAAAGAAUACCUUAAACCACGAGAYAAUUCGACAGAACCYCAUGGACAGACCCCUUUUAACGACCCWUUUUUCAUUGUGGAGACGGURUGCAUUAUUUGGUUUUCAUUUGAGAUUAUAGUGCGCUUCUUUGCAAGUCCAAGUAAAACGGAUUUCUUUAAAAACAUYAUGAAUACUAUAGACAUUGUAUCSAUUUUGCCUUAUUUCAUCACGCUCGGCACAGAUCUUGCUCAACAGCAAGGCAARGGGGACCAGGCAAUGAGUUUUGCAAUCUUGAGAAUAAUCCGCCUUGUCAGAGUCUUUCGCAUAUUUAAACUCUCCAGGCACUCCAAAGGACUGCAGAUCCUCGGACAUACCCUCCGCGCCAGUAUGAGGGAACUAGCGCUUCUGAUUUUCUUCCUCGUUAUUGGUGUUAUUUUGUUCUCAAGUGCAGUGUACUUCGCGGAGGCAGACGAACCCGCGUCUCAAUUCACAAGUAUUCCCGACGCUUUUUGGUGGGCUGUCGUCACUAUGACCACGGUCGGAUAUGGAGACAUGAAACCAAUAACUGUCGGUGGGAAGAUAGUUGGCUCGCUCUGUGCCAUAGCGGGUGUGUUAACCAUAGCUCUUCCAGUGCCCGUCAUUGUAUCCAACUUCAAUUACUUCUACCACAGGGAGACUGAUAAUGAAGCAGACUCGCCACCGGUUGUUGAAACCCCACCACCUGCCUGCCCAUAUUUCCCCAACUUUCUCAAAAAAUUUAAAGGUUCCCCCUCAGGCUCUUCGCUGGGUGAUAAAGCGGAGUACAUGGAGAUGGAAGAGGGGGUAACGGAGUCGCUGUGUGGGGUGGAUACAAGCCUGAGUAAAGGAAACGGGACAGACAUUGGCAGGAAAAACAGUACAAGUUCAAAGUCACAACAGACUGACGUGUGAUGACAAAAAAAAAUCUUAUUCUCGUGAAGAAAGAUAUGCUGUCAAAUCACACACACAUAGGUGGUCAGACUCACACAAGUGCGYACUUGCGCGCACACACACACACACACGCACACACAGACAGACAGACGCACACAGACAGACGCACACAUACUUUAUAUUUAGCUAUAUUUUGGGAAGCUCAAAUAUGGGGUUUUAUUUUGCCAUGUGGCUGCUUAGGGGAAUAUAGGCCUACGGGAAAAUAUACGCCCAAAUCAAAAGCUUUAUAACUAUUAUGACCAAUGUAAUCCGAUGAUAUCAGAUAUAGGCUACCUAUCUGGGCCUCGUAAACCUACAAAUGAAAUCGAAAAUAUUUAAGGGACAGGCUAUGCAUAUGCACUUUAUGAGUUUCAUUUGUCAAUAAUGGAAGGGGAGACAUAGUUAUUGUUUUGCUGUUAUGCGAUAAAGUCAAAGUUUAUAGUAGGCCUAGUUUGCACUAUUGUAAAAGCUUGUUUGAGACGCUGACUUUCAAGAAUGAUAGACUAGGAAGUAAUAUUGAGAGACAGAAACUGUAGGACAUAUGGCAACCUAGACACCCUUCGUCUGGCAUAAUGAGUAUUGAGAUGUUUUUAUUCUGAACAAGAAUCAAUUCUUAUUGCGUUUCAGUGUAGGUCUAACCCCUCUGUGUACACAAUAAAAUAAUCAUUCAAUAUCGAUCGGAAACAUUGAAAUAGCUAAAUCAUUUGUGAGAUUCUUGAGUAAAUGAGCAUGAUGCCUAUUUUGGCAGCACACUGAGGUCAACAAGUGAGACGCUUGGCAAGCAACAUUCUUUGCAACGAUUAGGGCAAAAUAAAGCCUUGUAUUGACCGACCACCGAGGCGAAGCACAGGAAUUACCACACCGGCUAUCAUGAGAGGUCCUGCACGGAUAUCUUGCGCGACUACAACUCCGUCCCUUUAAAACCACCUCAAACUAACUGACAAUAUCCCUUUACACGGACGUUGACUGAAACUUAUUUGGGGGAAAAAAUUACUGUCAUCAUGGAAACUUUGGGUUUGUGAACUUAAUCUCUUGUUCGCUGGACCUAGGGCACAUUUCUCUAAAAUGAGAAAGGAAGGUCUGUUGGUCAUCCCAGAAAGCACCAAGAUCUCCAGCAGGCGGUUGUUUUCCAAGUGCUGUCAGUUGAUGGCUUAGGAGAGGAUGUGCUGGCUGGUACUCUUGGAAUUGUCAGAGAAAGAGCAAAUAUUAUGACUGGUCAUCUGGGGUGAGACAACGGACAUCGAUGACCACAGAUCUACUGCAAGAGUGAACCCAGCGAUCRSACAUGGGAAGUUUGAACGGACAAAUUAGACACUGGGACACUAUACGGAGUGCACAAGGAACGAGAAUCUUUCCUAGUAAACCUGGAGGCAGGGAAAUGAGUAAGUCAUGGCCCAAAUGAUUGCCUUAAUUAUUACAUAUAUACCUAUAUAUGAAGUGAUGAMACUAGAGACUUAUCCGAGUUCAAAUAUGUUUUUCUUUAUGUGUGAAACAGUGUCUUGUAAGGAACAGAUGUGAAUAUUUUAUUAAUAAGAUAGAGAAAAAUAGUUUGGUUGUAAUGUCGACAAUGUCUUAGUUGGGUCUGCUUUGUAGGUGUCAUUGAUAACCAAAUGGUGGAGUUUUUCUCUGCUUACUUGCAGCCAGCAGAAUGAGUUGAUCUAUUUUUAUCUCGUUUCGUAUUGUCAACCAAAAUGAGGCUGGCUUGAAGCGGAGCUGCUCGCUCAGCUACCGGCUCCAAUGUCUUUCAAUUCACGACAUCAUGUUAUGACAACUAUAUUCCAAUUCAGAAAGGAGUAGGGAGUUCAAAAAUGAGACAAAAUGACUCUACAAUAUACAUGAAACAUAUCUGAUUAUUUUUCUCCUCUUUUUUCACAUACUGUAAGCAUCUGUUCACGCACUCUCAAACACAAAAGAUGUCAGGACA